AUCAAUUUCCUCUCCCACCCCUCCCAAACAAUUGCAGCAUCUCAAGGUACAUUAUUUUGCAUCUAUGGGAAACGAUUCAUCUAGAAGGAUCCCGUCUGCUUCCUGAAAACCGUCGAAUGGAAAUCGUAUCUGCAACCAUAUCUUCAGCUGAUUUCAGUGGCAUUUCUGGUCCAUUAGAAGCUAAUGAAACUUGUCAGACUUAGUUAGUGUUAGCGGUGACUCAACUGUGUAUCUAUGAACGUCCUUCGAGGACAAAUCGAUGGAAAACGGCAACAGAGAAGAACAUGUUGAUGGUCGCGGAGUCGAAGAUGACUCCACUGACAGUGAGCUAGAAGAGUUAAACGCUUACGUACCUCUAGACAUUCCUCCUCGAGAUUUUUCAAGGCGUCUUGUAAGAAGCCACUCAGAACCGCAGAAGACCUCUACGAGAAACAGAAUGGAACAUUCGUUACGGAAAGGUGCCCACUCGCCUCCCAUUAUUCAGAAACAACGAAACAAAGUUGUCACUCAGAUUUUACCAAGAAAUGUUCAGGGUGGCGACGCCGCCGAUAAAAUUACGCUGGUAGUGGACGAUACACGUUUUAUCGUCGAAAGAUCGCUAUUUAUUGCUCAUCCAAACACCAUGUUGGGAAGGUUGGUAUACUUUCUUGUUGACAUCCUUCCGUGUGUUUUCCAUGUGUACAAGACGUGUGAGUUUCGAGAUUCGUUGCCGGACUCAGCUUUGUAAAUAAACUUUUCCCCCGUUUUUAGGCUAUCGCGAUUUUCGUUUCCUCUUCGAAAUAAAGCGAACAUAAUUGUUCGAAUAUUCUUAAAUGUUACUUUAUUAUAGUGUCGAUUAUGUCUUUCUGGUGGUUCACAGUAGAGAGAGCUUAUAUUUUUAAAUGAGCUGAUCUAAAAUUAGAUCAAUCGAGUUGACUUUAAAUAUAAUAAACGCUCUUCUUUCAAACACUAAUGUUAGUGUUUGGAAUGAUAAAUUCACCGGAAGUCUAGAAACUUAUCUUCAAUAUUUCUAUAUUUGUGGGCAAAUUUGUCUUUAAAUUUAGGGUUAUAUACUCAGCUGGAGAUUGUGAAGAUUUAUCUUGUACAUUCACUUAACAGACUAGUAUACUUGUUAUAAAACUGGAUAAGGAGGUUCUUUAUAACAAGGCCCUUUUUCACGAUAUAUAGGAAUUUUUAUAUGUCUAUUCAACACCUUUGGGCAUCUUAAUUGGCCAGCUUUGAGCUUUCUUUCUUUGAAGUUUCCCUAAAACAGGAGUUAUGUUAAAGAGUGUCUGGUUUCUUUGCGACCCAAGUUAUAAGGUAAAGGGACUCUGAGAUUGCAAUUGCAAUACCACAUAAUAUUGGCACCCAAGUGAGAUAAAAUACAGUUCCUCUCAAUACAGCCAAUAUAGCGGAACACUUUUUUCUCAAAAAUGCAAUUGGAUUAGUUUGUUUGCAGUACUAAUCCAGCCAUAACAAAGAUAUUAAAUCUGUAAACAGUCAGCUUCUCUAUGAUUGGUAGUUCUUAAUCAUUGUUCAUAGUGUCUUUUGCCUUGGAUAACUGGAAUUUUCUGCAAUAUAGUGGACAAAAUAUAGCCAUGAAGUUCAAAAUAUUACAUUACAAUAGUUAUUUCUGCUAUUUUCUGUCAAAAAAUUAGUCAAACAUCACACUCCUCUCAAGCCUUGCCAAUUUAAUAAGAGAACACUGGGGAGUGGCAUGUUUCAUUUCUCUUAGGAGUGCCUUGAUAAAAUCUCUUGUAUCUUAGGUUGUGGGAAUCAGUCGUAGACAAUAUAUCUGGCAUUCUUAUGAUAAAAAUCUCGUGCCUUUGGCUUUAAAAAAAUGUUGGUAUUGCAUCAUGACAUCGUACUAAAAUACUUGAAAGUCAUGGACAUUCACAUGGAUUUAUUUUUACUUAAAUGAAUACAUCUGUACUUUGCAGAAUGUUUGGUUCAACAAUGGAAUACACAACCCGAAAUGAAAAAGGGGAAUAUGAAGUUGCAAGAGGCAUUUCUGCAAAUGUCUUCAAGUGUAUUCUGGUAAGAUCUAAUUUUUGCAGCAUAUGAAAUUCGUCUGCGCAGUUAACAUAUGUGCAAGUUGUACUGUUAAAUGUAAAGAGCAGAUGAUGAUCUACAUCAAGAAAGGGAAUAUGUAUAUUAUGUCUACCAGCACCCUUUUAUUUUGUCUGUGGCAAAGUUAUAGGUAACAAAUAAAAGUUUCAAAAGAUUUUAUAUGAAAUAGCCAAAACUAUUUUUGAAGUUUCAGCUUGUUCAGGUGGUCAUGGCUCUCAAUUUAUUUCCAAAGAAUGCACUCUCAAUCUCAAAUAUGGCUAAUAAAAAUCUCCAAUUUUUUUAGCUCCUAUUCAGCUUUUUGGAGGCUUGUGUGACAUAUCAAGGUUUAAUAUUCACUUCACUUCAUUUCACUUCUAUUUUUCAUUUUCUUACAUAUUUACAAGAUAAUUCUUUGACCCUCAGAUAGCAAAUGCUAAUCAAGGUGGGUCAUAUUUGGAAAAUCAGGAGAAAGAGGGAAAAUAUUUUUAAAGAAAUUAAUGGCUUGAAUUUAUACCAAAACUUAUCUCACUUUUCCCUAAGACCAUAAUUAUACACAGCUAAUAACAAGGAGCAUGUUAUUGAAAGCCAGAUGCAAAUCACCAAAUUGGCAACUUUCAUUGCAAGGUUUCUGGCAAACUGAUUAUGGUCGGAUUGUAAGGUAAAAUCAGUUUGACAUUACAUGUAUGUCUUUGAUAUAUUUUGAAAAAUGUAUUAUAAUGUAUUACAGGAUUACUACAAGACAGGUCUGAUCAACUGUCCACCAAGUGUACAAAUCCCAGAACUUCGUGAAGCAUGUGAUUAUCUGCUUAUACCAUUUAAUGCUCAAGUGGUCAGAUGUCAGAAUUUAAGUAAGUUGUUCUCAAACUACUUUCAAAUUGCAACAAUCAAUUUUUUUUUGAGUGACCACCAUUGAGAGCAUAAUUUAAAAAAAACUCACUUAAGGCACAGCAUUAUUCAAAAAUUUUGUUCGAGGUCACCAUCUUUGUACUUCAGAUAUUGGAUUAAAUAGGUCACAGUCAUGAUGGGUCUUUAUCAAUAAUAAAUAAUAUAAUAAAGUUUGGGUAUAAUGCACGCUGUCAUUCGUUGAAAGAGUAUGCUCUAUCCGAGUACAAAGCACAGAGUUGAGCUAAAGCUGUCAUGCCAUUUGUCAAAUUGUACUACAUCUGACCUAUUCUGGACUCCUCUCUCGCUCUUGUUCCUUAAUUGAAAGUGAAAUUUCUGAAGAAGUAGGGAGAAACACUUGACUAUGUCUCUUGUUCCUCCCUACACUUCUUUCAUGCUUAAGCUGCUUCCUAUGUUAUUGACAACAGAACAGAGCACAUUCACAUUCACAUUCUCUACUUGUUAAUUAUAAUGAUGAUAAUGAUAAAAUAAAAGUUUCUCUUGAUGGCCCUUUAUAAGGAGCAAGGGCCUUCUCCUUUGCAGCCUAGCACCUUUGAAAUAGUCUACCCAGUGACAUCACUGGCCUGGACUCUAUAUCUAGUGUCAAGCUUAAUCUAAAAGCUCACCUUUUCAGCCAAGCUUUGAGUCUAAUGAUUUAGUGUCUUUAUCUUCUUAUUGGAAUUAAAUAUUUAUCAAUUUUAACUUUAUAUUAAUUUUAAUUAGCUGGCAUUAUUAUCAUAAAUGUUUAUUAUCUGUGACGCACAUUUCAUAAUACAUUUCUGUAAUUUGCAAUUAAUGAAUUCCUCUUUUUAUUUAUGUAAGAGUUAUUAUUAUUAUUAUUAUUGUUAUGCUGUAUUAUACAUCAUAUUAGCCUGCAUGUUGAUGUGAAUAUGAGUCUACAUACACUUGACAAAUGUCAGUUACUUCCAGUUACAGUGUAUUCUCCUAGUACCUGUGGUAUGAAAUGACAAGGAGAAUUACUAAAAAAUUACCAAACAGGAUACAAAUACACCAAAAUGAUUCUUGAGUUUUCAUGACAGUUUGCUCCAACUACUUUACAUCCCAUUCAGAAGAAAGGCACUGUGAUGGUGUUGUACCUAAAAGUCACAACUCAGUGACCUCAGGCUCAAGCUGGAACCAUUUUAUCUAGAGUUAAGUGCUCUAGGCAGACACUUAAGCUGGUUUGUCACCCAUAUGCAAUUAUAACUGAAAGUUAAAUACAGUUAAAAUAAUUUUUCUUGCAGGGGAUCUUCUUCAUGAACUGUCAAAUGAUGGUGCUAAAAACCAGUUUCAAUAUUUUGUGGAGGAGUACAUUCUACCUGUUAUGGUUUCUUCUGCAAAGGUAAAAUAACUCACUAACUUAAAUAUUGGUUCUGAUAGGAUAUCACCUAAAGCACUAUAUAUUCAUUCAGUAGGAAUGAAGAAACAAUGCAAAUAAAAGCUUAGAAGUAAGAGUCAGUUUUGCAAGUUUGGUUCUGGUAAACUGCUUUUGUGAAUUAUUUUACUUCAGUUGUAGCAUGAACAAGGUACAUGUAUUGAGCAUGUUUUGUCUCCUGAAAAUGAAAUAAAUUACAUGUAAUACUUUUGAUUUUGGAAUGAACUCAUUGAUCAUCAAUGACAGUUGUUUCAUUAAAGUAGCUUACCCUGUAAAGUGAUAAAGCUUGAACAGUUGGGCAUGUGAUGCAAGCUUAGGUGACUACUCUCCAGGUAUACUUAUUGUGCUCACAAGACUUUGUCUGACACAUUUCUAUUAUAAAUUUAUAAAUUUCUUUACAGAAAGGUGACCGUGAAUGUCAUAUAGUGAUCCUUACUGAUGACGAUGUGGUGGAUUGGGAUGAAGAGUAUCCCCCCAGUAUGGGAGAGGAAUACACUCACAGUAAGAAAUAACUAAAUUAAAAUUUCUUUGGACUCAUGCUUGACUCCAGGUUGUCUAUAGACUAUGUAUCUGUAACUUUUGUCUUAAGGUUGUCUGGUAUUAAUUUUUUUUUAAUGAAAAACAAAAUUAAAUCACACAAUUCUGAGACUAGGAUUCUCCAUGACUGUAUUUCAAUGCACAUGCUCAUACUGCAGCAAUCAGUGAUGGUUAAAUCAGGAACAGUGUUGAAUCUGAUUGAACAAACCAGUGAACCAUUUUCAGGCUAAAAUGACCUUGAGGCUAAGUCAUUAAGUGUCAACAGAAACAUAGUGCACUCAAGGUCAUGUAUUCCAUUCUUAUUACAAGGUGUUACAGAGUACUUAAAAUGGAAUUGAAUGAACUAAGUUAGAUUUUUGCAGAAUUAGAAAAACCUGUCAUAAUGCAAGUAGUGUACUAGCUGCCAUUGAUUAUUUACAUAUUGCCAUUUUAUUUGUGACUUAGUUGUGUAUUCAACAUCUCUGUACCGAUUCUUCAAGUACUUUGAAAACCGUGAUGUGGCCAAAGAAGUACUGAAGGAAAGAGGCCUCAAGAAAAUCAGGCUUGGAAUAGAAGGUUCUUGUUUAUAAACUAUUAAUACACUUAGGGGCAAAAAUGUUCAUUACACCCUGCUAAAUCAUAGUCACUGUGUAGAAGGCACUGACUGGUAUAUAGAUGGUUUCUCUUGAAAAAAAGGGAAUCCAGCCAUUUGGAGUCAAUUUCUUUGAGAGUAUUCAUACACUUAUUUCGGAACCACUGCACUUGCAAUUCUGAUGACACAAAAAAAAUUCACUUGCAUCUCAUGAAUAUAAGUCAUUAUUUAACUUUUGAGGAACAUAUAAUGAAUAUCUCACAAUAUCUUGCUGCCCUUUAUUUCUGCAGGUUAUCCCACUCACAAGGAGAAAAUCAAACAGAGGCCAAACGGAGGGAGGCCUGAAGGUAAAAUUGAUUUGCUUUGUACAACAGGCAAUGAGAUUGAUCACAUUUGUUGUUGUUGAUAGUAAUAUUUUCAUUCCAAGCAUUUACAAAAUAGACUCUAAGCUUUAGCUAUGUGUGUUGUUUUUUUUUUUUUUUUGACUCAAGACCCAAAUCAGUCACGGCAUAUUUUGGACUAAAGGUUUCAUUCUUAGUUGGUGUGCUUCAUCUUCAUCUAAUCUGCAGCAUUUUGCUUGAUAUGCAGUGAGGGUUUUAUACUUUGUAGUCUUAUAACUCCAUUUGCUCUAUUUUGCGAUAAAUUCCUUUUAUUCCAUAUUUCCUUGAGGAACCACCCACACUCUAAUAACCGGCUUCCCUCAAAUACGAGUCUGCCCUCUAGGCCUUAACGUCAUCCUUCUUGAAAAAGUGCCCCUUCCUCCACCCUUACUUUCUUAAAUAGAAGGGAUACAAAGCAAACCUUCCUCUACUGCAACUUCAAAUUGGUAACUUGUUAAGUUUCAACUACAGCCAAAUUAGUGCAGGAGAAUAGUGUCUGUUCUUAUACAUGUAGCUCUCUUUCAGUUGUUCACAUCUCCAUGUGCUUGCAGAGUUCUUUAGUGUGCAUUAUCUGUUCUUUUAAUUUUUGGCUGAUUGCCAUGCUAAUGUAAUAAGCAUUAUCAAUGAAGUUCCCUCCAUCCAUUAUGUGUCCCUCCUUUCAGUCAAUUUUCUGGGCUAUUAUUCAAGGAAAUACAAUAUAUGAAUUUGUUAAUAUCACUCGUCAAGUAUAGUUAUUAUAAAGUGUUCAUUGAGUUCUUUGUGUAAUCCUUUAUUGGGCUGACCAAAACUGGUGUUAAUACUAAAUUUAUUUCCAGAUACUUAGUCCUUCUCCUUCAUUUUUUAAAUUUUUAAAAAAAUUUUCAUUAAAGUAAUCCACUUGUGUCUUGUAUUUGUGUAGUUUGUGUUGGCCAGAAUAUCUUGCUAGUCUUUGUGCCUUUUAAACCUUCUUGCCUGAAUACAACUAACUGUUCUUUACCAUUGUGCUUCUUUCUCUUUUUAGUGAUUUAUAACUAUGUUCAGCGACCAUUUGUGCGUAUGUCAUGGGAGAAGGAAGAAAGCAAGAGUCGUCAUGUUGACUUCCAGUGUGUUAAAACUAAGACUGGAACCCCAGGGCUGGUGGAGGCUGUAGAUGAGCCUGCCGCCUUAGCAGCAGCUGGUGCCGGACCUCACCCCCCAGCUGCCAUACUGGGUGCAGAUCCUGAAGACAUUGAGUAAUAUCCUGAGCAUUAUGUUAUCAGGCAUCAAGCAUUGCUAUACAGUAGCUGUUACACUGUUUAUCAACAGCCAGCAGUUGAAAUGUUGGCAAGCCAAGUUUUGCCUUGAUUACAAAAUAUUGGCUGUUAACAAAGAAUGGAAGGGUGACAUGUAAUGCUGCAAAUUUUCAACGUAUAGAAGUUGUGUAUAACCAUGAUAUCAGUGUUCUCCAGAGAUUUCUUAGUAAACAGACCUUAUGGAAAAAAAAAAAACACUAGGCACAAAAAAUUAAAAUUUGUUUCAGAUCAAGAUAUGUAUUUUACUGAUUUGUCUAGUUGAAAUAGCUGGUGCUUCUGAAACAUGCAGUUGGGAAAACACUAGUGAGCCACUUUUCUUUUGGAGAACACUUUGAUAUUGGUUAAUUAUUUGCAGGAAAAUUCCAUCAUUGCUCUAAAUGAAUAGAGGCAUCAAAAAUUUAAGUCUGUUGUGCAAAUGGCCUUUAUGCUACAAUUUUUGCUCUAAUUGUGGUGUGAGAGGCAAAUAAAAGACUUCAUUUUUAUAAAGCGAAACUACAAGAUAUCAUAGUUAUCCUGAUAAAUAUUUGGAAAUACGGACAACUGAAGGAAUUCCUUUCAAUUAAAAAAAAUUCUUUAUGAGAAUUUUUAUAAUUGGUGAUGUUGUAAUUGUGGGACAUUUCGAAAUAGAUGUGUUGUUGUAGUAAUUCUUUUGACUGUGGGAUUUUAUUUUAAGUGCUGCAGUCAAUUUUCAGAAAAAAUAAAAAUCACACGUAGAACACAUGAUUAUUUCCCAGAAGUUAAUAUAUUGAAUUUAUUGUCUUUACCCAAAGUACAUCUGCAGUGUCCUGUCGGUAAGCCGAGAGUAUGUUACCAAGUUUCAAUUCAGUUUGAGUUAUUUUAAGCAAAACAAAUCAUCAACAAAAGUAUUGAGCUGAUAUGAAAAUUGUCUGUCUUAAAAUGUUUAGUACAAGUAAAAGCUACAUUUAAACGGGAGGGAUUGCAGUCAUUGUAAGAAUCCAAGUGGUGAAGAAUGAAAUAUUCAUAUGGAAAACUCCUGUUAACCCUACUGUAUGUUUAUUUGUUAGAUUAUAACGCUUAUUUUAGGACAUUUUUUUUGUUAGAAUUUGAUACUGGACGAUAAGAUGAUACUGUAAAAAGUGAAGUUUCGUUAAUUUUUAAAGAAAGACCUUUGUUUUGCUUGUUAGUUUAUAGAAAGCUCAAUAUUAUUAUGAUAAAAGAAGGAAUAACGUUUCAACAAGCCCAAAGGUGCGAGGGAGGAUGUAGGAAUCGGAGAUGAAAUGAGAAGAAUAGAGGAUGAGUG